GACUUUGAGACCAUCAAGACUCUUGCAACUGGUGCGGUGGGUCGUGUAUGCUUGGUUCGCGCCAAGAAAGACUCAAAAGUAUAUGCCAUGAAGAUUCUUAAAAAGUCGGACCUUUUGACACGAAGAGAAGCGGCCUUUUUUAUGGAAGAGCGAAAUGCAUUGGUGUUUUCUGAACAAUCAAAAUGGAUCACCACUCUCUAUGCUGCAUUUCAAGACGAAGACAAUCUUUAUCUUGUAAUGGAGUAUGUUUCUGGUGGAAGCUUGCGCUCUUUGUUAAACAACAAAGAAACAUCCAUGGAAGAAAAUGAGGCCAGAUUUUAUAUUGCCGAAAUGAUUUUGGCUUUGGAAGUUUUGCAUAAAUACAGUUACAUACAUCGCGAUGUGAAACCUGAGAACUGCUUGAUUGACUCUGCCGGUCAUAUCAAGUUGGCAGAUUUUGGAUCUUGCAUUCGACUAAGUGACGCAGCACGGGUUACAUCGCAUGAAACUGUUGGAACGCCAGAUUAUAUUUCUCCAGAAAUUUUGCAAGCUCACGAAGGAAAUGCAAAUUAUAACCAAAGCGUUGAUUGGUAUGCUUGCUUUGAUUAUACAGAUAUACCUUGUGUCAUUUUAUACGAAUUGCUUUUUGACGAGGUUCCGUUCUAUUCAGAGUCACUGGUCGAAACAUACGGAAAAAUCAUGAACCACAAGGUAUUUGAUAAUAAUCUUUGGUAUUUUUUACAGUUUAUAUUGAUCUGUGCAUCCGAGGAAAGGCUGGGGAAAAAUGGUAUUGACGAGAUCAAGAGUCAUCCGUGGUUUGCUGGUAUUCCGUGGUCAGAUCUACGUGACAGUAAGUCGUGUACUGCACCAUUUGUACCAGAGCUAAGUGGUCCAGAAGAUACUCGCUAUUUCGAAGAUGAAGAGAAUGAA